AUUACGAGUACUAUAUUAGCGGAACCAUUUUGGCUUUUUAUAAAAUUAAUCAUAAGGUUUGAUUACACUUUGCCGGUGGCGGUUAGUGAUCUGUGAAAAAAUCAGUUUUAUUAUCAGACGGUUCAAGUUGAUUGUAUCUGAUUGUCGGAAAGCACUCUUAUCUUUGUAUGUGCCUGUGGUACCGUCACCGUUUGCACCGCUUCCGUUGGGUUGCCUACGCGCUUGUUCUGCAUCAGUUAUAUCUAUAUGCUGACUGUCUGUCAGCUUCUCAGUUCUCCUGGCUUCCCAGUUUUAUUUGUCCAGCAUCCCUGAACGACACAAUGGCUGUCCAACAUACAACUCACACUAUUACCACCAUUGCUGGUGUACAGAUGCCGCGAUUAAUUUACGGAACAGCUUGGAAAAAAGACGCGACGACAGAUUUAGUGGUGAAAGCUGUUCUGGCUGGUUUUCGGGGCAUCGACACAGCAUGCCAGCCCAAACAUUACCAGGAACCGCUGGUGGGGAAGGCCCUCGCCACUUUGCACGAGAAGCACGCAAUUCCCCGCGAGGAUUUGUUCGUGCAGACCAAAUUCACCAGCGUCGAUGGGCAGGAUCCACAAAAUAUUCCCUAUGAUCCCCGGGCUUCCUUAACUGAUCAAGUCCGCCAGUCCGUUUCAGCCAGUUUGCGCAAUCUGCAGACGACCUACAUCGACUCCCUUGUCCUCCAUGGUCCUAUGCACAGCCACCAGGAAAACAUGGAAGUAUGGCGUACCCUCGAGGACUUCCACUCCCAGGGCACCAUCAGACAAUUGGGCAUCUCCAAUUUCUACCGUCUGGCUGAAUUGGAGAAGCUCUUCCAUGACGCCCACAUCAAACCGGCCGUCGUACAGAACCGCUUCCACGCCGAGACCGGGUACGAUGUGGAGAUCCGCGCGUUCUGCCGCAAACACGGCAUCAUCUACCAGAGCUUCUGGACUCUGACGGCCAAUCCGCAUCUGCUGCGUAGUGCCGUGAUCAAGGACAUGGCACACAAACGGCAGGCCACGGUGGAGCAGGUGUUCUUCCGGUUCUGUAUGGAUUUGGGCAUUGCACCGCUGACCGGGACGAAGGAUGAGCGGCAUAUGAAGGAAGAUUUGGCAGUGCUGGAUAUGGAGCCGAUGAGUCGCACCGAGGUGGAGCAGAUUGAACAUCUGAUGAUCCGCGAGUUCAGUGGGCACCAGGCACUGCAUUAAUUAUGGUGUCUCCCGGUUUGCUGAUUAUUUUAUG